AUGCGUCGAUCUUUAAUAAAUCUAGCUAUCCAUUACAAGAUAGUUGUUGUUGGUGGCGGCACAGGUGGUUGUGCAGUGUCAAACAGAUUUCGAAAACUUGUAUCCAAGGGUCAAAUUGCCAUUGUCGAACCGAACUAUGAACACUUUAAUCAAUCAGCUUACACUUUGGUCGGUGGUGGUUUAAUGUCACUGGUUAGUUGCAGAAGACCUAUGAAUAGCGUUCUUCAUCCUGAUAAACAUAAAUUGGAUCCAACAAAAAUUUUUAGGGAUGGUUCUGAAAUCAAGUACGAUUUACUGAUUAUAGCUGUUGGGUUGCAACUUCGAUAUGAUAUGGUCGAAGGGUUGGACGAAGCAUUGAAACAGCCACAUGUUUGCAGCAUAUACAAAAGUGAGCUGGUUGGUGAUGUCUAUCACAAACUACAAAAAUUUAGCAAAGGUACUGCUAUUUUUACGUUACCGAGUGGUCCAAUUAAAUGCUCCGGAGCUGGUCAAAAAAUCUGCUAUCUAGCAGAUGAGAUUUUUAAGAAGGUAAUGAUUCAUUAUGGAAUUAAAAUAAAAAAUCUUAUAUCUUUGUUAAUUUUGCAUUUUGUGAGCAAUGGAAGUGAAUUGCAGAAGGGAGUUCGAAAUAAUAUACAGCUGGUUUAUAAUACUUAUUUGAAUGACAUUUUUGAUGUUCCAAAGUAUGCAAAAGCACUGAACGAAGUUGCUAAAGAAAAAUCUAUCAUAGUUCAUCUCCGCCGAAAUUUGAAAAUUGUUGAUCUUAUAAAAAAGGAAGCCGUUUUUGAGAUUCUGGAUACAGAUGCAAAAGCAACUGGUGAAACUGAUACCCAAAAUGUUAGUUUCAAUUUUCUUCACGUAGCACCACCGUGUUCUUCAACAGAAUUGCUACGUAAUACUAAAGAUAUCACUGAUGCUAAUGGCUUUCUUGACGUGGACCCACGAACUCUACAAUCCAACAACUAUGGCAAUAUAUUCGGAAUUGGCGAUUGCCUUGGAUCCCCAAAUAAAAAAACUGCUGCUGCAGUCUACAGCCAAAUGAAGGCAUUAUCAAUCAACAUACCAGCCUUUCUGAAGGGGAAGAAAUUAACAGGAGAGUACAAUUUGUACUCGUCAUGCCCGCUUAUUGUGGAUUUCAAACGCGUGGUUUUGGCUGAAUUCACGCCAGACGGGCCUUUGGAAACGUUACCAUUUGACCAAGGGCGUCCACUUCGUAGUGCAUUCAUUUUAAAACGAUACAUUUUGCCUUUUUUGUAUUGGAACUUUGGAGUAAAAGGAAACUGGUUAGGUCCGUCUGCUAUUCGAAAACUUCUUCGCUUUGGAAAGAAUUAA